CUGCAGUAAAAAUAAAUUACUGGACUCUCCCAAACCUAGUAAAUGCCAAAUGCUUCAAGUACUCUUUCAACUAUUGACUGGAUUACUAUUGCUCCUUACAACGGUCAAUGGUUUAUUGCUUAAUCUCUCACCGCAUAUGAUUUCCUUAGUACUCAUAACUGUGUUUAUUGUUUAUAUAAAUAUAAUGGGCUUCCUAGUCUUAAGUAUUAUCAAUUAUGUCCAAGUUGCAUGUAGUGCAACUUCAUAUAGUUUGCGUAAUAUGAUAUAUGUUAUCACUUCAUUUGUGCUUCUUAUCAUUGUUUUUACUCCUCAACUUUGCUAUAUACCCAACACCAUUGAAUCCUUACUUAUUUUAAGUGGCGACAUAGAAUCACAUCCUGGACCUCAUAACUGGUCAACUGUAAAAUUUUUGUUCUCCAACAUAAAUAGCAUCAGUGCUCAAUUUGGCGCUCGGUUUGAUGCUCUUAAAACACGUAUCUUAACAGAAGAUUGCCAAGUUGUAGGUCUCUGUGAAGUCGGAACCUUUACCCAAGAUGAAAUUACCAAUCGUUUUUCCAUUCCUAAUUUCCAUCCUCCAAUUUACUCGGCUAAAAAUCGUGGCUUACUUAUCUAUAUAUCUGAAGAAAUCCCUAUUAUAGCUCGACAUGAUUUUGUUAAUGCUGAGGGAGAUGCCUUAUUUAUUGAACUUAAGCUCCACCACAAGAGCAUUAUAUAUGGAGUUUUUUACCGUUCCCC